UCCCCCCCCCAGAUUAUAGCAUUUGAUGAACUGAAGACUGAUUACAAGAACCCCAUAGACCAAUGUAACACACUCAAUCCUCUUGUACUUCCAGAGUACCUCAUCCAUGCAUUCUUCUGUGUCAUGUUUCUCUGUGCAGCAGAGUGGCUCACACUGGGUCUCAAUAUGCCCUUGUUGGCUUAUCAUAUUUGGAGGUACAUGAGCAGACCCGUGAUGAGUGGCCCAGGGCUCUACGAUCCCACGACCAUCAUGAAUGCUGAUAUUUUAGCCUAUUGCCAGAAGGAAGGAUGGUGCAAAUUAGCAUUCUACCUUCUAUCCUUUUUUUACUACCUAUAUGGCAUGAUUUAUGUUCUGGUGAGCUCUUAAGAAGACACUCAGCAAGCUUUGUUCCAGUUAAGUGCAUGCAAAAGCCACACAAACCAUUGGAUUCUUUACAACGAGAACCUCUGACCAAGUCUGAAUUGGAACCUGCCGAUCACAAUCGCGUUAGCAAACAAUGACUCCCCUGGUUUUAAACACUUCCACAUUUUAUACCUGUGGAAAGACUGUUUUUCUUAUAUUUUCCUGGGAUGCUGAAAUUAAGGAAUUACAUGUGAAUUAAGGAUGUCUGGGUUUAGAAAAGUUUUGACUUUGCACUCCAUAAGGAACAGCCAUAACCUUCGAGUAGGUGUUGGUUACUACUAGCCUUAGGACACUAGGGAUUUGCUUUAGGCUGGGCUUUGUAGUGGCUCACUUGGACUUGUGUAUCCCACUCUUAACUCCAAAUCAGCUGUAGCUCCGAGGGCUUGGGAGGGACUGGAAUGCUGUGUGUUUUACCCAUAGGUGACCUUGGUCUUAAGAAAUUAAUUCAUGGAUACAUCUGCAAAAAUAGGAGUUCUGUUUUGGUUUAUUUUGUUUCUCUCUGGUUAAUCUUUCCCUGUGUGUGCAUGUCCAGAGCCUUCUCCAAACAUUAACCCUGCUUUAAUCUCGAGCCUGUGCCACUGUGGUAGGAGAAGCUGAAUUGUCCAUGAAGGAAUGAAUUUGAAUGAUGAUUUAUUUUUAAAAUGUCUGUGUUAUCUCAUUAACAAAUGGACAAACCUCCAACAUUUAUCAAGUCCAAUGCUGAAAAUACUCGGGUUCUAGAGUAAUCCUACAGACUUUUUCAAAGCAGAAAGUGAGAUCGUGAAACUGCCCUGCUGUUCCUUAGUGCAAUAAAGGAUAAUAAAAAACAAAUCUCAAAUUCAGCCACA